AUGGCCCGCCUUUCCUUUGCGCCUACUCCACGCUUCCUUUCACUAUCAGUUGCUUGUCCUGUGCGAUGUGCUGGAAAAGGCAUAUACAGAGGCACCAUUACAUUUCCGCUGGCAUCCAUCAAGCGACAUCAUACAACAGACACACAAGCUAGUCAAAAGUCAUCAUGGACUCACCCCAUCUAUUCCAAAGAGCAAAUACUCGCCGUUCAUCCCUCCCACCGUCAAGCCGAUACCUGGCAAGACAAAACAGCACUUACAAGCGUACGGUUCUUACGCUGGGGGAUGGACCUAGUAUCAGGCUACCGCUCCCACCCAUCCACACAGAACACCCAUUCCAAGAACAACAUCAUGACAGAACAGAAGUGGAUCACAAGAUUCAUCUUUCUGGAAAGUGUCGCUGGCGUCCCAGGCAUGGUAGCCGGAAUGCUACGCCACCUGAAAAGCAUUCGAAGAAUGCGAAGAGACCAUGGAUGGAUCGAAACCCUCCUCGAAGAAGCUUACAACGAAAGAAUGCACCUCCUCACCUUUCUCAAACUAGCCUCUCCAGGCCCGCUCAUGCGCCUGAUGGUUCUAGGCGCCCAAUGCACCUUCUUCAGUGGUUUCUCGCUGGCAUACCUCAUCUCCCCGCAAAUCUGCCACCGAUUCGUCGGCUACCUAGAAGAAGAAGCCGUGAUCACUUACACAAGGGCAAUCGAGGACCUGGAGAACGGCCAUUUGCCCGCUUGGGAGGCUCUGCAGGCGCCAGCUAUGGCUGUCAAGUAUUGGUCUAUGCCUGAGGGGCAGCGGUGUAUGCGGUCGCUUCUUUUGUAUGUUCGGGCUGAUGAGGCGAAGCAUCGGGAUGUGAAUCAUACGCUGGGGAAUUUGGAUCAGAAUCUUGAUCCUAAUCCUUUUUCGGCCAAGUUUCGCGUUCCGGUUUCUGUUCGGAGGGUUGGGAGGGGUGAAGCUGGGAGGGAGAGGGAUGUUGGGGGAUUUGGGGAGUUGGGGGAGUUAAGGGCUGAGCAUAGUCGGAAGGAGAUUUGA